GUUGACAACGACAUUGCCCGAGGCGCCGACGCACUCUUGGAACCUCUCCUAGCUGUGAGUCCUGGUAGAGGAACGGAUUUUGCUGCUGCGAUGAGAGAAGCUCAGAGAGUCAUGGAGCUCAAUUGGAGCGCAGAUAGGGCUCCGGUUGUUGUUUUCUUGUCCGACGGCGAAGCCCCUGCACCAUCGGAAGAGGUCCGUUCGAUCUGUAAUAUGGCUGUUUCUUUAGGUCAACCUCUGUCAUUCCACACCGUUUUCUUCGGAGCCAGAUCGCACUCUGCUGUUCUCGACUAUAUGGCAGCCAUUGCAGCAAAGAUAUACGGAAAUGCAUCACCAAGGACAUUGAGUGAUAUUCCCUGCGGCUCACAUUACGCCAUUGAUUCCAUUCAAUUGGCGCAAACAUUCCUCAAUAUUGCUGAUUCGAUGCGCCAGGUCCGGGUGAGCGCUGGUGCGUCUUUCUAA